CAAUAUAUUCGCUCUUUUUUCUCUCUAUCAUAUCUGCAAAGAUAACCACCAUGAUCAGUUCCAAGAAACUCAUCCAGCUCACUAAGAGAUGGCAGAAAUUUGUCGCCAUUAGAAGGAAGCAAAUUUCGUUUCCUAGGCACAACGAUGCAGAAAGUCGUAGUGUAUCAUCUACAGUUAGCAAAGGUCACUUUGCUAUCUACACGGCUGAUCAACAGCGGUUUGUUGUUCCCCUUGUUUUUCUUGAGAACGAAAUCAUCAGACAACUUUUAGUAAUGUCUAAAGAGGAAUUUGGACUUCCAAGUGAUGGCCCUAUUACAUUGCCAUGUGAUGCAGUCUUGAUGGAGUAUAUUAUUUCGCUUCUUAGCCAAGGCGUAGGCAAAGAACUCCAGACUGCUUUGCUUGCAUCAGUUACUUCGAAUCGGUGCUCCUCAUCAACCUCGAUGCAUCAAGGGUUGAGAGAUCAGCAAUUUCUUGUCUGCUAAUGUGUCUGUCAUACAUUUUUCUUUUUUGGUUUCAAAGAUGACAUGAAACUUAGUUGUAGAUUAGUUCAUUGUGAUUACAGAAAAUCAUAGCUGAAUACAUUAUAGUGUAAUUUUUAUAGAAAUUAAUUCAUUACAGAACUUUCAAUAGCUA